AUGGAGAUUGCAUGGAGCCAACUGCGGGAGGAAGCGCGGCACCUAAUACAGGAUAUUGGCCAGUCAGGUCGCGAGCACCAUUCGCUGGCCAAAAGUCGCGUCAUGUGGGAUGCCAUCCGCUCCCAUGGCAUCCCGUACGAGCACCGCGAGUGGGCGUGGCCCAUUUUGUUACACGAGCAGGCAAGUCUGGCAGGUAUGAAACUGCGACGGCAGACGGAAGACAGUAUCAUUUACAGUCAAUUAAUGAACGACAUGGAUGAGAGGUUGCAGGACAAGGUGGAUGAAGAAACUAGCAGCUCAUUCGAUCAAGCUCAAGAGGAGGCGAUGGAGAGAUUUCAGCACUUAAAUCCCUUCCAAGAACGGAAAAUUCGACGCAUUCUACUGGCCUACGCCAAGUCAAAAGAUGCUUUUUACUACUGCCAUGGAAUGGUAGAGUCGUGUGUCAUGCUCAGCACGUUUUUAGUGGAGGAAGACGCUUUCUGGUGCUUUCGGAUGCUGCUGGAAGCUCUGCUACCCAAGUAUUUCGAUGAGUCAGUUGUGGACUUUCACACGGAUUGCCUUGUGUUGCAAGAGUUGUUGCAUGAGCACGACGUGGCACUUAGUGAACACUUUGCACUCCUGGGUGUAUCUAUCCAACUUCUGUGCACGAAAUGGUUCUUCUCCUUCUUUGCUGAAUCCAUGCCGUUUAACGUUGUCUGCCGUCUCUAUGACAUCAUGUUCGUCGAUACUUGCAGUCAUCAUCUAGGCUCGAAAAUUAUUUUUUCGACGUCUUUGGCGGUAUUGUUGUAUCUGAGCUCAGCGCUUGUGGAGAUCCAGAAUGUGAACGUGGUGCUCGAAGUUAUCAACGAGUUUUGUUGGACAACGCUAAACGAGUACUCAGUGGCCGAAUCGUUUCUAGAUCUUAUUAAAUUCAUGCACGAUCAAAUUGAUGACGAUGAACUCACUGCACUGCGUUACAAGUAUAUAGCACAGCUAGCGCAGGAGGAACAGCAGCGGAAGACGUUGCAGCGGAAGAUUCAGACGAAGAAGAGCAGCAAUAAAAUCGUGGUGGAGAAGCAAGUGCAUCUCGAACAACAGGGUCACACGCGAAAAGGCAGAACUCAUAGUAUUAAAUUGCUUAUCCAGUGGAGGAAGCACCUGUUUGAUGACUCUGGUGCCUCAACGCAUCAAGUAAAGAGGAGGAAUAGCAACAAGGUAUGUUAUAGCGAUUCCAGCGACAAAAGUCGAUGUGGCCGCAGCAGCAGAACACGCAGUCGUGAAUUAGAGCAUUUAUCGUCUAACAGCGAUGAAGACACUCGAGGUGAAGAAGAUGGAAAAGCAGGGCUUGAGCUUGUAACUACUCCAUCAGAGAAGGAAAUGUUGGCCAGAGUGUACCAAGGAAUCGCGAAGAUUAAUCGUCGGCGGUCACGUACAUCAUCGAUAAGGAAUUUUUCGUUAAGAGGAGCCGACACGCUGAGCUCUGCCUCUUCUCGUAGCCUGUCCCUGUCUAACUCAAUUCUUAGCAAUGCGUCAUCAACAAAAGAAGGCGAAGAUGCGAGCCAAAAUGGCGAUGCGUAUCCAGAAGAUGAAGAUACGUUAUGGGAAUGCUUGCGAACAUCAGGAACUCCGAAGGUUGUUGUUCGCCACAGUAUGAGCGGUGUGCCUGAUGCACAUCGAUCGUGGAUCUGGCCGUUUCUGAUUAAUCAGCUUCCUGCACCGCCAGAUCUGCCUCGUAACCUUGCGGCGAUAAAAAAGGAAGAUCAAGAAGCUCUGUUAGACCGUGAAAUUGCUAAAUCGAUCGAAAACGACAUUAUAAGGACACGGAAUCUGAGAAACGAUCAAUUGGUUCCGAUGCGACAAGUUCUUACGGCAUUUGCUAUUCGCAACCGCCGCGUGGGGUACUGUCAGGGUAUGAACGAGAUUUUGGUUGUACUUUUGCAGUACUUGGAUGAAGACCAGGCACUUCAAGGGCUGACUUUAUUGAUCGAAGUGCUACUUCCAGCUUAUCACGUUGACUCAAUGAUUGGAUUGCAUACUGACUGCGCGGUCAUGAACACGUUGUUGCGUCAGAAUGACCCUGAAUUGCAUGCCCACCUUAACGAGCUUGGGCUGAACAUGGAGAUUCUUUGCACAAAGUGGCUUGUGACUUGCUUUCUCACGUCCCUCCCAUCUUUUUGUGGACUCAAGGUAAUCGACAUGCUGCUGGCGCGCUCAAAGGAGAAGCAGUGUGCAUCACGCGUGCUACUUGGGGUAGGCAUGUCAAUUUUCUUUACUCUCCGCGAUAUCCUGCUGGAUGCUAAGGACGCAGGUGAGGUGUUGCUGGCAAUCAACGAGUACUUUGCACGUGAAAUGACAAAGACUAUAGUGGAGAUGGAUAAAUUCCUUCGCUUUUGUCUCAUUAUCACGGAUCAACUGGAGCCUGACAUUGUCGAGGAGUUACGCUUGAUCCACAAGGACGAAGUGAUGGAGCGAUUUGCUGCAUUUGAAGCCAAGAAAAUUGAAAUGCGCCAACAACUUGAAGAAGCGAAAGCCAAACAGCGGAAAACGGCCAGUGCACCGCCAUCGCCUUCGAAGCCCGAGCGUUUAUCUACUCUGUCUGCGUCGAGCAUCAUCCCGGGCAAGUCCAACGGCCACAAUCGGAUGACGGGGCUGUCUUCAUAUAUGAGCAAACCACUACGCAGUAAUGGCGGCAGCAAGACAACCACGACAGGCACUGGUGAUGACAAAGAAAACCGCAAGCGCUACCAGCGAGUAGACGUUCUGCAAGCGCACCACUGUUUCGGCGAGGAUCUAGAGAAGAUGGAAGACCAGUUAGAGGACCUUGCGGGUUUGUUUCUUCGCGGAAAGAUUGAUGAAAAGGAACACUCCUGUAUUCGUGCACAGAUUGUACGCAAAUGGUGCAAGGGCAUAAACUCGCCACAGUCUGCAAUGGUUCGUGUGCAGUCCGUCAAACAUACUUACUGCGAACGCAAUGGCGGUGUAGGAUUCGCAAACAGUGCACCUGGUUUAUUAGAGAGUCCGGUGCAAGGCAGCUUUACCGACGAGGCAGAUGCGAUGCAACGUGGGAGAAAAGGAUCGAUAUCACUUUACGGACGCAUGAAAAAAGCGCAGAAAAGUGCGCUCGCUAUAUUUAAGUCUACUUUUGAAUAA